AUGCUGGCCUCCAGGACGGCUUUGAGGCGGGCGUUUGCCGCCUCGCCGGCCACGACGAUACCAGCCUUCCUUGUGCCGGCUUUCCAACAGCAGCAGCAGCCUCGCCAGUUCUCCUCGACGCCGACACGAAACUCCAAGCUCGGGCGGACGCCGGUCUCGAUCCCGCCGGGCGUGAAGCUGGCCAUUAGCGAGCCGAAGCUGAAGAAGGAUCCGACGAGCUACUUGAAGGUUUACAAGAGAACGGUCACCGUCACGGGACCCCUGGGAGAAUUGGAUCUGGAGAUUCCGCCUUUUCUGAAGAUUGAUUACGAUGUCGAGGGCAGCACGGCGGUUCUGAGCGUGGAGGACUCGAACAUUAAGGAGCAGAGCGAGAUGUGGGGCACGACAUGGGCCUACCUCCAGCGCUACAUCAUGGGCGUCUCCGAAGGCCACACGGCGAUCCUCCGCCUCGUCGGCAUCGGCUACCGCGCGAGCGUCGAGCAGCGCGGGCGGCUCGAGGAGUUCCCCGGCCAAAAGUUUUUGUGUUUGAAGCUCGGUUUCACGCACCCGGUCGAGAUGGGGAUCCCGCGCGGCGUCAAGGUCACGGCGGCGAGCCCGACGCGUAUUUUGCUCGAGAGCAUCGACCGCGAGCUGAUGAUGAGCUUCGCGGGCCGGGUGCGCAAGUGGCGGCCGCCGGAACCGUAUAAGGGCAAGGGCGUGUUUAUCGAUGACCAGACGAUUAAGCUGAAGCAGAAGAAGAUCAAAUAG